AUGGCAUCAGUGGUCACUUCACACAGAACUGGUCUAGUCAGGGGUGCUCGACCAGAAGCCAUAUUGAUUGUCUUGUUCCUUCUCAUCGCGCUGUUCGUAUUCUUAGGUGGAGGUAAAAAGAAAGGCAAAGGUAAAAGUUAUGAGAGACGUGAAGAAGGGGGCGAAGCUAGAGAAAGAAAAGGUAGAAGUAGGAGAAGUGAACCGGACAGUGAUUCGGAAAGUGGACGAUCCGACACCGAAAGAAAAAGCCGAACGAAGAGAUCAAGUGAUCGAGGACGUACACCCACUUCGUCAUCCGAUGACGAACGAGAUAAGAAAGAGAGGGAACGGGCUGAACGAAAAAAGAAACGUAAAGAGGAAGAAGAAAAGGAUAGAAAGAAGAAAUCACAAGAACUAGCUGCACAAUCUCAAGCCCAAGUUCAAGACGAUGCAGUACCUCGAAUGGACGCUCCCAGCUUGCUUGAUGAAAAUAUCGAUCCCUUAUCUGAUAAGUUGUGGCAACGAGAUCCUACCAAAAGACCUGAAAGACCUAGUGGUAGAUCACCUCCAAUCUUACUAAAGCGAGAUGAGAACAAUCAAUGGACUCGACCUCCCUUAUCAGGCAAGAAGGGCGUAUCGUUCGAUGAUGGUGGUAUACAAGGUAAAGAACUGAGUUCUGUAGCUGCAUACAAUCAUGAAGAUCCUUCAAAUAGGAUAUACGACCAGUCCCAUACAGACAUCAAAAGGAAUCAUGUAUCUACCGAGAGAGGAAGAGAUGGAGAUGUUUUACAAGGUAAGAUCGACGGAAGUCAAUCGCCUUUGAUCGAUUUGAUAAAGAGUGGUAAAUUGAGUGAAAAGUUGGUGGAGAUGAUGAGAAGAUUAGAAUGGGCAUGUUUAAUUGAUCAUUUAGAUCUAUUGAACCAAAUCCCUCAAAAUGUAUUGAAAGAAUCAAACGAUAUUAUAAACAAGGAAACUUUCAUACCCAAAAUUGGACCUGUACCGAACUCGAUUAUCGAUAUAAUCCAACAAAUGUUGAUUGAAAAAGCCAUCGAUUUGCCUUUGGUUUUAUCCUCUCAAUCGAACCCGAAUAUGGAACAUGUUAAUCCGAAUAUACCAUAUGAUGAAGAUCCGGAUAUCAGACCAUUAGAUAAGAAGACCGUACAGGAUAAUUUCAUAAAUAAACAUUUAUAUCAAUUUGGAAUUGCUGCAGAGGAUAUAAGGGAUAACUUGGGGUAUGGACAUUGGAAGGAUCUGGAGGUUGAUACGAUUAGAGAAGUGGUUUAUAAAUGGACUGAAAGAAAGAUGAAAGAAGCUUCUGAACCUCAAAUCGAAACUCAAGACCAACCGGGAGAGGAACAAUAUGAUAUAUUUAGAUUGUUACUGGGAUAUUUCUUACCUUACUAUCGAGCUAUAACUUCAUUCCGACCUAAACAUUUCAAAGAGAGAGAUAAAGUACCUGGAUUCAAUGAGAAGGUAGGACCUGUGAAUGCAGGCUUAGUUCAAUGGUUAAGAUAUAUAGGUAAAUGUUUAUUGAUUUCUAGAAUAUUCAGUGAGAAUGGAAGUGAAGUUUCGUUAGAUUUAUCAUUGAAGGUACAAGUUUCGAAGAGGUCGAGACAAGUUGGUUUUAUCGUUGAUUAUACUUUAUUUAUACCUAAACCCACUGAAGAUGAGGGACAAAAAAGGUUAAUAGGUAUGAUAUAUCAAUCGAGAGAGAUAUUGGAAAGGGUCAAACAUACUUUGAUACUUUGGGUUAAUCACUUGAAUGAAAAAGUUUAUCCACCGAGGGAUUCUGGGAAUUAUCUGUUCAACGAUUUAUAUCCAUUUCAGAUUAAUAGAUUGACAUUCAGACCUGGUUUACCCCUUCAAGCUAUCAAUUUUCAAUCAUUACAACGAUCACUUACCUCACCCAGUCCACCAGAUACAAGUGACGGGAGGGAAAAGAUGAUUAUGAACGUUUCGUCAAGUCAUAUAGAAGAGAUGUUCGAAAGAUCAAAACAGAGAGGUGAAGGACCAAGUUUCUUUGGUGAAUUGUAUAGAACGAUAACCUGUCAGAUGAUUAGAUUUAUAAAUAAAAGACAAUAUCAUUGGUAUAAACCUUCCACCGACGCGGAAGGGGGAGGAGUAUAUGAAAAAUUUGAUGAAAAGCAAUUCGAAUUCUUAUUGAUGUUGAUCGGACCAGGUCUAAGUAAAGUCCAAUUGACCGAGGAAUACAAAUCCAAAACUACCGGUGAGAAAGUCAAGGAUAAAGACUCGAUGUUAGAAUACAAUUAUGGAGAUACAGUUAAAUACUCUCAACUCCAGGCAAUAGAUUUUGGCGGAUUGAUCCCAAUUGAAAAACCACCUCCUGGGUAUGCUUCAUUUGGUGAUAAGAAAAUUGUAAAAUUGGAUUUGUUUAAAGGUUUGAAAUGGAUUUUAUUACCUAUUCAAUUCAAUACCGGGGACUCCCAAGGUGGUGGUGCGGUUUAUUCAGCGAAUUUAGUAGUUAAUGAUAAUUUGGGAUUAACAAAUUACCUCUAUGGUAAUUCCCAAAAAUCUUUAUCUGUGACGUUCCAUGGAAGAUCGUUGGAAGAUAAAAAUCGUCUAGCAGUUGAAUUGGCUCAAACGACCGUAGAACAAAUCAAUAGAUGGAUAAAAGAUAUAUCGGAAAACACAAACAUGAUGGAUGCACAGCAGAUCAGAAGGAGGGUGAUGGAGAAAGUGGAUAUGACUAAAAGGAUGAUAAGGAAUAAAGUCAAAUUCGCCAUCAUCUCACCUAAUAGCCAACACAAGCAACAGCAACAAGCUGAAAUUGAAAAUUUCGAUGAUACGAAUAACUUGAAUGAUUUUGAUAUCCCACAGGAGAUGUUACCUCCUGGAUUGGUUGGAUAA